AUGCCUGUCCCCGCUGGAUACCUCCGUUACACCUCGAUGGCCUUCACGUCCUCGGCCUCGCUUAUCCCGCCUCCCCCGAUCAACACCCACCAGCCCGGGGUUGUCGCCUCGCUUCUCUACAGCGGCUCCAAGUUCCGAGGACACCAGAAGAGCAAAGGCAACUCCUACGAUGUCGAGGUUGUUUUGCAGGCAAGUGCGAUUUAUGAAACUUUAAUUUGCCAGUCAGCUGACGAGUCAUUUAGCUGACAUGUCAAAACACGUAAUGAUUGACAGCUUCCAGAAAAAUACCUGAGGAACCCUCAACUCAGUUCUCUUAUAUCGAGGCGGAGUUGGGUUUUGAUGACCUGGUCGCGGGAUUUGCUAGCAACAACAUUGAGUCACCAUCAGUCGAUUCUUGUAAAAAUGUAUAUUCUGAAAACUCUUACCUGUACGUAUGUUUGUCCUGUGUUCCAGUAGUUGGCUACACCACUACAGGGCAAAAAAGUAAUUAACUACUGAAAACACUACCUAGAUUUGAAUUUAGGUCAACUACCACCAAGCUAAUGCAAAAUGUAGUUACAUUACUAGUUGAACUACAUGGCGUUCACUAAUGUUACUCCCCAACACUGUAUUAGUCUGGGCGGUAUACGGUAUUUUACUAUAUGCCGGUAUUGAUGCACGGACCGGUUUGGGUUUUUACUUUACCUUCUAAAACGAUAUUUGAAUGUUUGUUAAAUGUGAUAUGCCUUGUGUAACGUCCAUUUUUAUAGUUUACAUGUUACUUGAGUCAUCCUAGUUAAAUAAAUCAUUCUGCUCUCUCUCUCUCCAUGCGGUUUCCACACAGACCUAGCCCCGCCCCCUGUCACUCAAGCAUUUGUUGUCGCUUGACCACGAGACUUGCGUUCAGACUGCAUGGUCAAUGCAGCACAUGCAACAAUGUUGAUGACAACGAUGUUGUUUCCACUUUGCUUCGUGCGUGCUAUAACUACACUAUUAGUUUGUUUCUUACAUCUGCAAACAUCUAGUUUGUCUUUUUUUAGCAAGUUUUAGCUAAAUCGUGUUAGCAGCUAAUGCUAAUCGCUAGUUAGCUGGCUAGCUAAUAAAUGUACUGAGUCAGCGCAAAUGUAGCUAGCUAAUACAGCCUGAUGCCAGUGCUGUUGUAGGCCUAAAUCAGCAUGUUGUUUGUGCAACAGUAUCGGUGGUCCUCUGUAGCUCAGCUGGUAGAGCACGGCGCUUGUAACGCCAAGGUAGUGGGUUUGAUCCCCGGGACCACCCAUACACAAAAAUGUAUGCACGCAUGACUGUAAGUCGCUUUGGAUAAAAGCGUCUGCUAAAUGGCUUAUUAUUAUUAUUAUUAUUAUUAUUAUUAUUAUUAUUAUUAUUAUAAAUCAAAGAGGAAUAGGUGAAGCAUGAAUAUGUUGGCUACAUAAGAAACAUUAAAUGUAGGCAAAGAUUAUAGGGUCCCCUAGGAAACACUGACCAUCACUUUCGUUCCUACCCUGUCACAAUAUCUCCUCCCUGGCAUUUUUAUUCGUUAUGUCAAACUACACUGUAUUCAAAGUGCCCACUAUUAUAUUGUAACUAUAUAAUUUAUAAUAAUCGUUCUAUUUCCAUGAUGUUUUGAUCUAAAUCGCCUGUCAAAUCGCAAUGGCAACAUUUGGUUAAAAAUAAGGGCUCGUUUUUUUCCCAUAUCAUGCAGCCCUAAGUGGCAGUGUCGAAAUGAUCUCAAAUGAGUGCAGGGAAUGCAGAAAUGGAUUGAAAUAAUUUUUGGGUUGAAGUUAAAUUGAACAGUAUAAAAAAAUCAGAAUGAAGAAAGACCAAUUGAAAUCACUUAGAAUGUAUGUGUUGCCACCGUAGGGUCACGCACUACUCAUAAAAUAUCGUUAAAUACCAUCAAAAAUAUGAAAAAUACUGUAUGAUAUUUUUGCUAUAUUACCCAGCCCUACCACCAGCGUCAUCUUACAUUUUGUCAGGGGUGCUCUAACAGCCAUUAUAAACAGGGUGGUUCAAGCCCUAAAUGCUGAUACCACGGGUAUGACAAAACUUUUUUUUUUUUUACUGUUCUAAUUACGUUGGUAACCAGUUUAUAAUAGCAAUAAGGCACCUCGGGGGUUUGUGAUAUAUGGCCAAUAUACCACGGCUAAGGGCUAUGUCCAUUCACUCCGUGUUGCGUCGUGCUUAAGAACAGCCCUUAGCCGUGGUAUAUUGGCAAUAUACCACACUCCCUCUGGCCUUAUUGCUUAAUUAAACCUAGCUUUAGGAUGACCCUAUCAUUAAUUGAAGUGACAUUCUAGUGACAAAUAUGUGGUAUGAGAGCUGGCAUUGGUAAUGUUAACCCUAUCAGCCCCGAGACUCCAGCAGAAGUCAUUUUUUCAUUGAUCUGACUUUCAUCUUUCUGUAUGUCCAGCCCUUAUGUAUAGCCUCACAAUGAAGUGUUGUUUUGUUUCGUUCAGCAUGUGACCAUGGAAGCCUCAUACUUGUGUGGGUACUUGAAGAUCAAAGGGUUGACAGAGGUGAGAAUGAUUUACCUCAUACCGAAAAGAGGUAGAAUAAAGGUUGAAUCUUACCCUUUUAUUUUCAUCAUGGUUCUGAUUCCCAGCCUAUAACUUGUUUCUCUUUCUCUGUUGUGUUUUUCUUCCAUAGGAGUACCCCACUCUGACUACGUUCUUUGCUGGGGAGAUCAUCAGCAGGAAGCGUCCGUUUCUAACCAGGAAGUGGGAUGCAGAUGAGGAUGUGGAUCGCAAGCACUGGGUAAGUCGACGGUGAUCUUUAAUUUAGCCUAAUUAUUUAAUAAUCUGAUUCCACCAACGUUGCUCUGCUUAAGACCUCAGAUCCAAUUGAAGUAGGCUAAUCUUGUCUGGUGAGAAUGUGGGGGCAUCACCCCCACCCCCCCCCACCAUGAAUGAUGUUGGGUUGCUAUUCAUCUCUCGUGGACAGACUACGUAACAUAAAUGGCUUUUACUGUCUGAGUCUGAUAUCAGUAGAUUUGUCAAGCAACAACAGUAGUUAUGAUUGUUAAACAGAUUGUACUGUUCCAGCAAAGAACCCUGUGUGGUGUGUUUUAACCAUUUUCUAUUUGGGCUCCAGGGCAAAUUCCAGGCCUUCUACCAGUAUGCAAAGAUGUUCAACUCGGAUGAGUUUGACUAUGACGAGCUGAAGAACUCUGACUACAUCUUCAUGAGGUGGAAGGUAAGCUCAAACCUGACCGCAUGUCACCUUUUCCUCCAUUACCAAGGAAAACCUGAAACAUGCAUAUGAGGUUUGGAAAUAUUUCCUCUAUGUACUGUUGUUAUAAGGAUGUACUAACUGUUGUCCUCCUCCUCCACAGGAACAGUUCCUGGUCCCUGAUCACACCAUUAAAGACAUCAGCGGUGCUUCCUUUGCUGGUUUCUACUAUAUCUGCUUCCAGAAGUCCACAGCCACCAUAGAGGGUUACUACUACCACAGGAGCUCAGAAUGGUAACGGGACACUAAAUACUAACUGGUUAAUUCAUGGAAAUGUUAUGACUGAUAACUGGCUCAGAUGUAGCCAGGCCUUGCUAAUUUUUGAACAUAUUCCUGUACAUCAUCAGUUCUGAUGCUUUUUUCACUAAAUUAAUAUUAUAUUUGUUAUUUAGAUUGGUUUUUGCAAAUAUUUGAUUUGCUCAGGUUAUCAAGGUCAGAAUGUUGUUCAUGCCCAGGCUCUGUGGGGCAUGAAGUUAUGUGAUUUUUAUUUCAGUAAAGUUAAAUAGAAUUAACUGUUCUCUGUAUGAUACAAGUCAAGGACUAGGGGUUGAUUUGGGACAGGCCAAUGCAUCUCUCCUCUCCUGACUUUCUGCAAUAACUAGCACUGUCUGACUCUGUCUCCUUCACAGGUACCAGUCUCUGAACCUCACCCAUGUUCCAGAACACAGUGCAGCCAUCUAUGAGUUCCGGUGACCCAGGAAUUGUGGCUCUGUUGGCUCAGAAGGACUUUAAGGCCUGCAGAAGCUACUGAGGCUGGGAAAGGACUGGGGAGAAGGGAACAUGGAAACUGUUGUUACGACUACCAAGAGGACGUGCUUGUCUAUCUGAGGAUUAAGUAAAGGAAAUCAUGGAUUAAUUGAUGGACAGAUGGA